ACCGUUUCUGAUUGGCCGACACAACGACGCCACAUAAAACUACGACGCACCUUCUCACCGCUUCAUUCCAGAACAGAGCAUCGUUGGCUUCAGUCAGUGUGUUGUGUUUGUUAUCUAGUUCAAGUUUGAUCAGUUGAAGAUGACUACUCCCAUCAAGGUAUACUACGCUCCGGCCAGCCCUCCUAGCCGAGUGGUGCUGAUGACUGCUAAGGCCCUCGGUGUCCCAGUGGAGCCCCGCAUUGUAGACCUGGCCAAGGGAGAGCACAUGGAACCUCAGUAUCUGCAGAUUAACCCUCAACACACAGUCCCUGCCAUUGUUGACAAUGAUAUCACACUAAAUGAAAGUCGAGCAAUCAUCACAUACCUGGCAGACAAGUACGGCAAAGAUGACUCUCUCUACCCUCGCUGCAUCAAGAAGCGAGCCGUUGUCAACCAGAGGCUGUAUUUUGAUGCCGGAACUCUUUUCCAGAGAUUCGCUGACUACUAUUACCCAAAUUUCUUCGCCGGCGUGCCAUUUGACGAGGAGAAGAAAAAGAAGUUGGAUGAGGCCUUCAGUUUCCUGGACCAGUUCUUGGAAAAGACCCGCUGGGUUGCUGGAGAUGACAUCACUAUUGCAGACAUCGCCAUAGCUGUCACUGUCUCCACUGCUGAGGUGGUUGGCUAUGAAGUCAGCAAGUACCCCAAUGUAGCAGCGUGGCUUGCCAAGUCCAAGACUACCCUUCCCGGCUACGAAGUCAACCAACAGGGGGUUGAAGCAUUCAAAGGGAUGGUCGACUUUCUUACCAGCAAGAAGUGAACACAUAACACGGCAUUGUUAACCAAAGAGUAUUAUUUAUUAAGUGCUUUUUUAUGUUGUAUUAUUAAUUAAUGUUAAGUGUAAGUUAGAGCUAUAAAUAAAAAAUAAUUUUGAUGUAACAAA